GGGCUGAGCGCAGGACACGGGGAGGGCUUUGCCCACGCCUCGAGCUGUGGGGUCAGGCUGCUUCCUCACCGUGGGUUUGUAGGAAAGGGCACAGGGGACCCUGGGGCUGUGCCGGUGAUGGGAGCGGUCUCGGAGCACAGCUUCUCCUUUGGGAUCCCAUGGGUGCACCCUGUGGUCCCCAGGAGGGGACGCUGGCCGUGACCCUGUGCUUGCUCUUGGUGUCGUCACCUCCAAGCAGCGCCUCUGUCUGCGGGUCCUGCACUCUUCCCCGUGCCCCUCGCUGCAAAUCCCACCCCCCCCUCCCGGCUUCGGUGCAGCUCCUGGAGCGAUAUUUUCUCAGUGGGGGCCCUGACCCCCAGCUGGAUGAGGGGAGCUGGGAUGCGACGCUGGGGGGGGGGCACAGUUCCAGCCCCAGGUCAAUCACGUUCCAGAGCCGAUUUGGCCCAUCCAUUGUGGUCCGUCCCUGUGCCAAGACCCCUCCCUCCCGGAUGCCCCCCGGGUUAUUUCCCUUCCUGGAAUUCCCCUCUCAUUAGCAGAGUUCGUUAACUCCAGAGGGCUUUUCCGAGCCCUUUGCGGUCUCACUCACCCAUCCUGCUGGCUGGAUGGCUCUGGGCUCUCCCAGUGUCCCCACUCAGGGGGACAGGACACCCUGGGGUGCCCUGGGUAUGAGGACGGCUGGUGGCCUUUGGGGACACAGGGUGUCACAGGGUGGGGGUGCACAGGAUGGGACCCUCUGCUCCCUCCCCCCUUGGUGCCACAUCCUGUUGUCCCCUUUGGGGCUGGUGCUGUUCCCCUUUCCCCUUGCCCACCCCCCAGGUGUGGGACCACUCCUCCCUCCGUGCUGACCCAUUGCUUCUCCCAUCGCAGCACCCACCACCAACCCUGAUUCCUCCACCAAUCGGGGAGCGCUGCCCACCCGCACGCAAAGGGUUUUUUGGGGCUGGGAUGCUGCAGAGAUGAGUUCAACGCUCCUGCUGUGCUGGAGGAAUCCACGUGGGCUCCCGCUCCCAGCGGUGCCCGUCGCAGGAGGGUGGGCACCGUUCCUGGGUGCUCUCCCGAUGCGUUUCCCAUCUCUUCCCCUUCCGAUGCCUUCUGCUUGGGGAAGGAGCUUGGUCCCCGAGCUCGACAGCAGCUGGCGUCCUCCCCAUCCGAAAUAAAGCCCAGUCCCUGCUCUCCUUCCCACUUGCUUCACGGCCAACCUCGCGUGGGGGACCCAGGGCGUCAAAUGCGCAGCGCUGACACCCCGGCUCUGCCGAAAGCAGCCGGGGGAUGCUGGGUUGCCAUGGAGAUGAGGAUGAUGCUGGCAGCGCCGUGGGAGGAUGCUGAUCUACCCGGGAGCGGGGGAGAAGCUUCUUGUCUUUUCCUUGGAGCCGUGCGCUGCGUGGAUCCGUCCCAGAGCACGGACACCCCGUGCCCUCCAGCCUGGCAGCCCAUCCCCCCCUCCACCUCCAUCCUGCACUUCUGGGCAGCUCGGAGCACCCAGCUGCGCCGUGCACCCGCGCCGCAGCGCUCGGAUGGCACGCUCCCCUCCCUGCACCAGCCAAGGGAAGCGCAGGGGGCGGAUAAAUGUAUGCAGCGACGACGGCAGCACCUCCAAGCAGCAGCUCCCACCUCCGAUGUGCCACCGCAGGAGCACCAGGAGGGGACGCAGCACCCCAAGGCAUCACCUCUCGCUGCGCUCAACGCGGGCGCUGUUUCCAAGCCGGGCCAAUUCGGGAGCCUGGAGCUGACCCAGCUGGCUGCGGGGAUCUCGGUUAACUCAAUUCACCGCUAUUACUGUCAGUCAGACCUAACGACCCGGCGCGGAGCAUCAGCCCUUAGAGGACCCGUUUCUAAUUAA